AUGGAGUCACAAAUGAAGACCAAGGGCCUUCCAGACAUCCCAGCUCCAACAGCCCAGAAAAAACCAAGAGGCUCAUGGGGACAGACUCUUCCAUCCCUGAAAGAGGAGACCCCUAGGGUGAAAUGCAGAAACUGUGGGGCCUUCGGCCACACUGUGAGAAGCAGAAGGUGCCCCAUAAAGCGUGGCCAUGAACUCCUGAUCCCACAGCCUCUGGGAGUCAGGAAGGAGAAAGAGAACCAGGAUCCUUGCAGGCCCCAAGGGCUACAGAAACUCAGUCAAGUCACCAGACAUGGGUGUGAUGAGCGGCAGAGGAAGGUUCCCUUCCAGAAAUUUCCAGUGGGGCCACAAAGUGGGGACCAGCAGGUCAACUUGGCUCAGCCACAGAUGCCAAAUAUUCCUGGGAACAGGAAGUUGUCUGUGCCACCAGUCAAACCAUCUCUUGGGAAGCAGAUGUGCCCUAGAAAGCCUGCCCUCCAAAGCUUUGACAGCUACUGCAUCUCACAUUCCAGGCAGAAGGAAGGUCAGAACAUGGCUGUCCCUGGUGUUGCCCAGCCAGUGUUCAGACAAGAUGGAAGAAGCACAGCCUCAGGAGACCUACUGGAUCAAAAGCUACAGGGUAUCUCACAUCAACACCCCAUUGAUGUCCCCAAAAGUAAUACAAUCACUGAACUGUUCCACAAAGAGUCAAAAGCCCAGGAUCCCAAUAGGAAAAUGCAGUCCAGCCAGCAUCCCGUCAUCCACCAGGGUAGACAGAACCCCAAACUCAGCUUCUGGGCCCCAGGUAAGGAAGCUUCCUGGUGUCCCACACAGUGUAGCCAGAGCACCCUGAAGAAACAAAGAAUCAACUCUACCAAUGCACCAGAGAAGAGUCAUUCAAGCACUGGUUCCAAGAGCACCGUGCUCAGUCAGUCUUCUCCCAUUGCCAACAAACUUGGACUAAAAGGUGCAGCUGAAACAAAUAAGAAAAUAGCAGCCCAGGUGGCCAGCAUUGACCAACAGCUACAUAGCAGGACUGCUCUGGUCUUAACCAGACCCUGUACUGAGUCCCACCAGCCAUCGGCUGGCCAUGUUGCAGGUCAAGCCCUGAGAAUGCUCUUUACCAGACAGGGUAGUAACUACUGGAGCUCCAGGUUCCUGACAGUGCCCCCACCACUUCCCAUGGAGAAGCAAACAACUCCUUUGGAGAGCCCUGCCUUCCCCAAGGAAGGAGAGACAGCAGAAUCCCAGGUCAAAGUGAGUGUCCUGUAUGAGGAUCUUCAGGUCUCUUCCUCCUCAGAGGACAGUGAUGGACAAUGA